GGAAACAGAGUGAGAAAUGAACCUCGCUCGAUUUCAAAAGCACACCUUUUUUCUCUCCACUCCAUUUUCAAGAUCUCCAUUUUCUUUCAAGAAACCUUCCAAUCGGCGUUUCGGUGAGAAACCACACAGAUCCUCCGCAUCUUUGAAGCUGUAUUCGUUUCAGUCACCGUCGGAUUGAAACAUCAAUUUGGCUCUUCUUCUUCUCCUCCUGCUGCUGCUGUUGUUGGAUCUGUUUUUAAGGGUUUAGGAUUAGGAACUUUUGGGGAUAAUUAUAUAUAUAGGGAAGUGAAUAUUGUUGUUGUGUAUUUAGAAGUACUGUGUUUCAAUGGAGAAUGGAGUUGGAUCGAAUGCUGGAAUCGAUAAGUCUAAGGUGUUGGAAGUGAAGCCCCUGCGAUGUCUCGUACCAGUGUUUCCGAAUCCGCCGGGAAUGUCGUCGGUGACGACGCCUCACCCGACGCCUUUCGUGUGCGUUUCGCCGGCGGGGCCAUUUCCGGCCGGCGUCCAACCUUUCUACCCAUUCCUGGCUAAGAACGACGCCCCCCAAGCUGCCCCCGCCCCCCAAGCCGGAAACUUUGGUUUCGGCAGCUCCAUACCUGCUCCGGUGCCGCUAAAUUCGUUUCGAACCCCGACUCCGAAGUCGAACGGCCGCGGCCGGCCGAGAAAGUAUAAUAAGUCGAGCGGAUUGGGGUCGGCGGCGGGCGGCGAGGACGACGGGUUUAGCGAGUCUCAGAGCGGGUUUCAUCCCGACGACGGCGAUACUUCCGGGAAGCGCCGCGGCCGGCCGAAGAAGACGGGCCGGCGGGAGGCGUCCGGAGAGGAGAAUCACGAGGACGUUGUUCAUGAAACAGUGGUGAAUGCGAUUCUGACGUCGUUCAAGCUUCACGGAAUCGAAGAGUUGAGGAGAAAUAUCGGUGACGUGGAGACGUCAACGGUCGUGCUUAGAGCCUUCGACGCGCUCCGGAGACGGCUCACUCAGCUCGACGAGCUGAAGGAUACGGCUCCUGGGACGGCGAAACGUCCCGAUUUGAAGGCAGCGAAUCUGUUGAUGACGAAAGGGAUUCGGGCGAAUGCGAUGAAGAGAAUCGGCCAUGUUCCCGGGAUCGAAAUCGGAGACAUAUUUUUCUUUCGAAUGGAGCUUUGUAUCGUCGGUUUGCACGCUCCGAGCAUGGCUGGGAUCGAUUACAUGAGCGUCAAGGUUACGAUGGACGAAGAGCCUCUCGCCGUCAGCAUCGUUUCAUCAGGAGGAUACGAUGAUAACGGUGACGAUAGCGAUAUCUUAAUUUAUAGCGGCCAAGGCGGAGUGCAGCGACGGGACGGGCAAAUGUUCGAUCAGAAGCUCGAAAGGGGGAAUCUUGCGCUAGAAAAGAGUCUUCAUCGAGGGAAUGAUGUACGAGUCGUGCGGGGUAUUAAGGACUUGGCUCACGGUACCGGAAAGAUUUAUGUUUAUGAUGGCUUGUAUAAAAUCCAGGAGUCGUGGAUCGAAAAGAACAAGUCGGGAUGCACCGUUUUUAAGUAUAAGUUGGUUCGGAUACCCGGGCAGCCCGAGGCGUUUUCGUUAUGGAAAUCGAUUCAGCAAUGGAAGGACGGGACGACUGCCCGGGCCGGAAUUAUUAUCCCAGACCUCACGUCGGGAGCCGAGUCUCUUCCCGUCGCGCUCGUGAACGACGUCGACAACGAGAAGGGUCCCGCGCAUUUCACGUACGUCCGGCACCUGCGAUACUUGCAACCGUUUUCCGUCCCUGACGCCUCCGUCGGAUGCCAUUGCUUAAACGGGUGUCAAGCCGGCGACACUCACUGCCCUUGCAAUCAGAAAAACGACGGGUUUCUCCCGUACUCGUCUAUCGGCGUUCUUCUAAGUAGCAAAUCGGUAAUACACGAGUGCGCACAAAGCUGCUCUUGCCCGAUAACUUGCCGGAACCGAAUAUCUCAAGUCGGUAUCCGUCUUCGUCUCGAGGUUUUCAAGACGAAGAGUCGAGGCUGGGGGCUGAGGUCUUGGGACCCGAUUCGGGCCGGGGGGUUUAUCUGCGAGUAUGCCGGGGAUAUUAUUAAGCCUACUGACGCAGGUUUCGCGAACGAGAGCGACGAAUAUAUAUUCGAUUCUACCCGGAACUUCGAGCCGAUUGAGCCGGUUCAGGAUUCGAAUGGCGCCGAAAAAUCCCCUUUCCCGCUUAUCAUAAGCGCAAAAGACAACGGAAAUGUGUCGCGUUUUAUGAACCAUAGCUGUUCACCGAACGUCUACUGGCAGCCGGUGUUGCGCCAGAGUAACAACGAUGUGUUUCUUCAUAUUGCGUUCUUCGCAAUUCAGCACAUUCCUCCUAUGCAAGAGCUGGUUUAUGAUUAUGGGAUUGUUCCGCCUGAGAAAGGGCGCAAGGCGAAGAAGAAAUGCUUAUGUGGAUCUUCGAAGUGCCGCGGGUUCUUCCAUUGAUCUCUUCUGGGGAAUAAAGGUAGGGGGUACUGCAUAAACUGUCGAUGUUUUUUCUAAGGGCCGAGGAGGGAUUAUUUGUGGAUGAAGAUGAUGUUCGAUUUUAAGUUUAUGAAGUGCUCGAUAGUUGCGGAUUCAGUAAUGUACUAGGAUGGAUGGAUCGAUGGAUGUCUGUUUCUUAGUUGUCUAAUAAAAUUGGUCAUAGUUUUUGUAAUAUUCGAGGUGAUGUUAGAAGUUUGGCUUGGGAACUCGUCGAGGCGUAGCUCCUUAUUUUAGGUGUUGGGAAUGACUCUUUGUCUUUUGUUGUUGAUGUUAAGUUUUUAAUUUUCGAUCUUUCUUUGUUUGUGUCGAAUGAAUGAUGGAUUGCAUGUCGAAUUUGUUUUAAAAUUGUAAUGUUGGAUGUUCGUGUAAGAAAUGUGUUAGAAUUAUGUUGUAUUUUACGUGUUUAGUUGGUGAUU